ACAGGGCGGCACCUUCUCCUUUGGAGUUUCAUUUCAUUUCGUUUCCUACAAACAAAAUCCCCUUCUCCUUCGAUUAGGGUUUCCCCUUCCUAUUUUUAUUCCAUUCCUCCACCUCCCCUUCCCACCCCAUCUCAUUUUUCUACAUUCUUGAUGACAUACGCCCCAGCCCUCCUCGCCUUUCGAUUCCGCCUGAUUGCUUGAGUUUUGCAUCGAAUUGGGUUUCUUUCUUUCUUUCUGGAUACGCUCGCUCGAUUUGCGUUCUCGGAAUUAGGGUUUUCCCGAGGUUCUGAUUUUUUGUUUGAUAUGAUCGGAAUUCGUGGAUCGGACGACUCUCUGAUCGCCGAUUAGUCGGCGACUUGAUUGGUCGGUUUUGUAAGGUUCUUGUAUGGAAACUCGAAGCCGGAAGCGGGCGGAGGCAUCCACCUCAAGAGCGUUAUCUGGUCCAACGACCCGGGCCUCCAAACGGGCUCGCCAAUCUGCCACUCCUGCCGGUACCUCUUCCGCCACCGCCCAAGCUCCUUCGAUCUCUACCCGUUCUCAGACCGCCGCUCGGCCCAUUUCCAUGGACCCCAAUCCUGAGCCAUCGACAGCUUCUGCUUCCACCACUCGCAGCCGCCGUGGUAAAAACCCUAGCAACAAUCAAAAUUUGGAUGGCAGUAACAAUAAAGACAAUAACAACUCGGACAAGGGUAAAGAGAAAGAGUCCGAUGUCAGGCAUAGAGAAGCGGAGAGGGCCGCAGCGUUGAACAUUGAUUCGCAUAACGGAGAUGACGAGGACAACGACAGUGAGGGCGGAGGUGGUGGUUUUCAUCAGAAUUUCACUUCUGCCAGUAGUGCCCUCCAAGGUCUUUUGAGAAAGUUGGGUGCUGGAUUGGAUGAUCUGCUCCCAAGUUCCGCCAUCGUUUCAGCUUCUUCUUCCCAUCAAAGUGGCAGGUUGAAAAAGAUCUUAUCGGGCUUGAGGUCUGAUGGUGAGGAAGGAAGGCAAGUGGAAGCGUUGACACAACUUUGUGAUAUGCUUUCAAUUGGGACAGAGGAGUCUUUAAGCACUUUUUCUGUGGAUUCAUUCGUUCCCGUGCUGGUGGGAUUGCUCAAUCACGAAAGUAAUCCGGACAUCAUGCUAUUCGCCGCGAGGGCGCUGACACACUUGGUUGAUGUGCUGCCCUCGUCUUGCGCCGCUGUGGUGCAUUAUGGUGCUGUCUCUUGCUUUGUUGCUAGGUUGCUGACCAUUGAGUACAUGGACUUGGCUGAACAGUCCUUGCAAGCCCUGAAGAAGAUAUCUCAGGAACACCCAACAGCUUGCUUGCGUGCUGGGGCUCUUAUGGCUGUGCUUUCCUAUCUUGACUUCUUCUCCACUGGGGUGCAGAGAGUGGCUUUAUCGACUGCUGCAAACAUGUGCAAAAAGCUUCCAUCAGAUGCAUCUGAUUUUGUUAUGGAAGCGGUUCCAUUGUUGACAAAUCUCCUACAGUAUCAUGAUGCAAAGGUUUUAGAAUCUGCAUCAAUUUGCUUAACAAGGAUUGCGGAGGCCUUUGCAUCUUCACCAGAGAAACUUGAUGAACUUUGUGACCAUGGUCUUGUAACACAAGCUGCUGCCCUGAUUUCAUCCAGCAAUUCUGGAGGUGGUCAAGCUUUGCUUAGCAGUUCUACAUUCACGGGCUUGAUCCGGCUUCUGUCUACAUGUGCGAAUGGCUCUCCUCUAGGAGCAAAGUCGCUACUUCUCCUUGGAAUCAGUGGCAUUCUGAAAGAAAUAUUAUCAGGGUCUGCAGCUGGGCAGAGCAUGUCUGUCUCACCGGCAUUAACUAGACCCCCAGAGCAGGUUUUUGAGAUUGUGAGCCUUGCCAAUGAACUUCUUCCACCACUUCCUCAAGGAAUAAUAUCUCUUCCAGCCACAACUAGUAUGUUUGUUAAAGGUUCUCUUCCUAAAAAGGGUCAUGCAGGAAACAGCUCUGGGAAGCAGGAAGACUUAAAUGGAAAUGCACAAGAGAUUUCAACUCAUGAGAAACUGUUGAAUGAUCAGCCUGAACUGUUGCAGCAGUUUGGAAUGGAUCUUCUUCCUGUUUUGAUCCAGAUAUAUGGUUCCAGCGUGAAUGGCCCUGUUCGCCACAAAUGUCUUUCAGUUAUAGGGAAGCUUAUGUACUUCAGUUCUGCUGAAAUGAUACAAUCUUUAAUAAAUGCUUCAAACAUCUCAAGUUUCUUAGCCGGUGUUCUAGCUUGGAAAGAUCCUCAAGUUCUGGUUCCUGCUCUUCAAAUAGCAGAAAUUUUAAUGGAAAAACUUCCUGGUACUUUCUCUAAGAUGUUUGUUAGGGAAGGUGUAGUACAUGCUGUGGAUGCUUUGAUACUGACAGGAUCUUCUGGUAGUACACAACAAACUUUAAGUGAGAAGGACAAUGAUGCUGCUCCUAUAUCAUCAUCACGGUCUAGAAGGAAUCGGCGGCGAGGUGGUCAUUCUAGUUCUGAUGCAAAUCAUGUUGAUGAUUCUAGAACUUCGAUUCCAAAUAUUGUUUCUCAUCCAAAUUCAGCUGAAAUCCCUACUGGAAAUUCUAGCCUUCGGAUGACAGUUAGUGCACGUGCAAAAGCUUUCAAAGAAAAGUAUUUCCCUCUUGAUCCAGAAGGCGUUGAAAAUGGUGCUACUGAUGAUCUUCUUCGUUUAAAAACCAUUUGCACAAAGCUUAACCGGUGUACUGAUGAACAGAAGAGUAAAUCUAAGGGAAAAUCUAAAGCUUAUGCUUCCCAGUCUGCUGAUAUUAUUUCUGUUAAAGAGGAGCACUUAGUUGAGGUGAUGGCUGAGAUGCUGCAGGAGCUUAGCAGGGAGGAUGGCGUGUCAACUUUCGAGUUUAUUGGUAGUGGAGUAGUCGAUUCUUUACUUAAUUACUUUACAUGUGGUCAUUUUUCUAAGGAACGCAUAUCUGAUGUUAAUCUUCCUAAGUUCCGACAACAAGCCAUGAAACGGUACAGUUAUUUUGUUUCUGUUGCCCUGCCUACAAGUAUUGGUGAAGGGAGUAUGAUCCCCACAAGUGUUUUAGUUCAGAAACUUCAGAAUGCUCUAUCCUCACUGGAAAGAUUUCCUGUUGUGCUGAGUCAUGCAUCACGAUCAUCGGGUGGAAAUACUCGUUUGUCUUCUGGUCUAAGUGCUCUAUCGCAGCCAUUCAAGUUGCGUCUCUGCCGUGCACAGGGAGAAAAGUCUCUCCGUGACUACUCUUCAAAUGUUGUACUGAUUGAUCCGCUAGCAAGUUUGGCUGCCGUGGAAGACUUCUUGUGGCCCAGGGUUCAAAGAAAUGACUCAAGUCAAAAACCUUCAGCAUCUGUUGGGAAUCCAGAGUCUGGGUCCACUGCUGUGGGAACUGGUGUUUCAUCACCGUCUGCUUCAAUUCCUCCUACUAUGACCAGGCGUCAUUCAACAAGGUCCAGGUCUUCUACAGCUAAUACUGUCAAAAAAGAUUCGCUGCUAGAAAAGAAUACAAGCUCAAUGAAGGCCAAAGGAAAAGCAGUGUUGAAACCUAAUCAAGAAGAGGGAAGGGGACCCCAGACUAGAAAUGCUACCCGUAGGAGAGCAGCUCUGGACAGAGAUAAUGAAAUGAAGCGAGAGGAAGGAGAAACCAGUUCUGAGGAUGAUGAAUUGGAUAUUUCACCAGUUGAAGUUGAUGAGGCUUUGGUAAUUGAUGAUGAUGAUAUAUCAAAUGAAGAUGACAACGACGACGAUGAUGUUCUGGGUGAUGACACACUUCCACUUUGCACACCAGACAAAGUUCAUGAUGUUAAAUUGGGUGACUCUGUAGAGGACAGUCCUAUCCCCACUCCAAAUGAUGGGCAUAGCAAUCCGGCAUGUUCUAGCAGUAGAGAUUCAGCAGAGUUUCAGAGUGGGAGUUCUUUUGGUUCCAGGGGUGCAAUGUCCUUUGCAGCUGCUGCAAUGGCUGGACUUGCAUCUGGUAAUAAUAGAGGUGUCAAGGGAGGUAGAGAUCGGUAUGGACGCUCCUUAUUUGGCUCUACGGACUCGCCCAGGCUUACGUUUACAGUUGGUGGGAGACAGCUUAAUAGACAUUUAACAAUUUACCAGGCAAUCCAACGUCAGCUUGUUUUGGAUGACGAUGAUGAUGACAGGCUUGCUGGUAGUGAUCUUGUAUCUACUGAUGGAAGUAGGCUCUGGACUGAUAUUUAUACUAUAACAUAUCAACGGGCUGAUGCUCAAGCUGAGAGGUCUUCACUUGGAAAUGCAAGCUCAACAGCACCAUCUAAAUCCUCUAAAGCUAAUUCUUCAAGUAAUUUGGUAUCUGAUAGAUCAGCACAUCAUGUGUCACUGCUUGAUAGCAUUUUGUUAGGGGAACUUCCUUGUGAUUUGGAAAGAAGCAAUCCAACAUAUAAUAUAUUGGCACUAUUACGCGUUUUAGAAGGGUUGAACCAGCUUGCACCUCGUUUGAGAGUCCAAAAACAGAUUGAUAGUUUUUCUGAGGGAAAAGUUUCUAGUUUGGAUGAACUCAGUGAUACAGGAGUCAAAGUGCUUUCAGAGGAGUUUAUCAAUUGCAAGCUUAAUCCAAAGCUUUCUCGCCAGAUUCAAGAUGCUCUUGCACUUUGCAGUGGAUCCCUCCCUUUAUGGUGCUACCAGCUUACUAAAGCCUGUCCAUUUUUAUUUUCAUUUGAAACCCGGCGGCAAUACUUCUAUUCGACUGCAUUUGGAUUGUCCCGUGCAUUAAAUCGGCUACAGCAGCAGCAAGGUGCUGAUGGUCAUGGAACCACAAGUGAACGAGAAGUGCGUGUUGGGAGGUUACAACGGCAGAAAGUUCGUGUUUCCAGGAAUCGGAUAUUAGAUUCAGCUGCAAAAGUUAUGGAGAUGUAUUCUAGUCAAAAGGCUGUACUUGAAGUUGAAUAUUUUGGUGAAGUGGGCACAGGAUUGGGCCCGACUCUUGAGUUUUACACACUUCUAAGCCAUGAGCUUCAGAAAGUUGGAUUGGGAAUGUGGAGAGCAAAUUCUAUUGGUAGACCUUCUAUGGAAAUUGAUUUGGAUCAUCAUUUGGUUGGAGAUUCUCCAGCUGGGGUUGAUAAAGAUAUUAUUUAUGCACCUCUUGGAUUGUUUCCACGCCCUUGGCCACAGAAUGCUGAUACUUCUGAUGGGAGCCAGUUCUCAAAAGUAAUUGAGUAUUAUAAAUUGCUUGGGCGAGUUGUGGCCAAAGCUCUCCAAGAUGGAAGGCUUCUGGAUUUGCCACUGUCUUCUGCUUUCUAUAAGCUUUUACUUGGUCAUGAGCUGGAUUUACAUGAUAUAAUAUCUUUUGAUCCCGAGUUUGGGUCUACUUUGCGAGAAAUGCACGCCCUUGUAUGCAGAAGACAAUAUUUGGAAUCCACAGGAAGUUACAACACUGAAGAGCUUCGUUUUCGUGGAGCUUCCAUUGAGGAUCUCUGUUUAGAUUUCUCCCUUCCGGGCUACCCUGAAUAUAUUUUGAAACCAGGCAAUGAUAAUGUGGAUGUGAGUAAUUUGGGAGAUUAUGUUUCUCUUGUGGUUGAUGCUACUGUAGGGGCAGGUAUCAGGCGGCAAGUAGAUGCAUUUAGAUCUGGAUUUAAUCAGGUGUUUGAUAUAUCAACACUGCAAAUAUUUUCUCCAAAUGAGUUGGACUAUCUACUCUGCGGCCGCAGAGAGCUCUGGAAGGCUGAGACACUGGUUGAUCACAUUAAAUUUGAUCAUGGAUACACUUCCAAGAGUCCUGCUAUUGCCAAUCUUCUCGAAAUUAUGGGUGAAUUUACCCCUGAGCAGCAGCGGGCUUUCUGUCAGUUUGUUACUGGUGCUCCUCGCCUUCCACCAGGUGGUCUGGCUGCUCUGAAUCCCAAAUUGACAAUUGUUAGAAAGCAUUCUUCGACUUCAAGUGGCAUUGCAAGUAACGGUUCUGGUCCAUCAGAAUCUGCAGACGAUGACUUACCCAGUGUGAUGACUUGUGCAAAUUACUUGAAACUUCCGCCAUAUUCCACCAAGGAAAUCAUGCACAAGAAGCUACUCUAUGCAAUCAAUGAAGGACAAGGAUCCUUUGAUCUGUCGUGAGUUUUCCUUCCAUUUUGCCACCGGAUUUCAAAGAAGAUUAAAGUUGGAUACUGGCUAGCAAUUACCUGCUUAAUAAGGGGGACUUCUCCUGGUCCCCAUAUCUGAUGGGCCGACGUUGCAAGGUUUUGGAUGUUACUUGUGGGACGACUGGGAAUUAGCGACAGUAUUAUGGUGAUCUGCUGCUACUGCUUCAUAUUGAAGAUGAUGAUGAUAGGUUGUAAAUAAAAAUUCCGAAUGUUAUGCUUACCUAUCUUAUUUUAUCCACACCCCUCAUCUCCUGACUGAAUUUAAAACUCAGCUGAAUAAUCGAAAUCCUUCUUUGUGCUUUGGAAAUCAUUUCCCUUUCCCUUACCCUGUCUAGAAAUUCAUGGGUUAGGACAUGUUAAGACUUUCUUACUCAAAUGUUGUCUUAGACUUGCAUUUUCUUACUACAUUUCUCAAUUAGAUUUGGAGGGGCUGUGCCUUGUCUCUCUGUCUAGUUAUAUACACCAGUGGUUAUGACUUA